GGUAGAGCGAGGCAGAGGAUAGGGUGAGUUUCUAUCGUAAGGAGUUGAAGGAACCACAGAUCCCUCUUCUCCUUGCAUUUCACCUUUAGGAAAAACUGAGACUCUGAGAAGUGUGGAAAAGGGCAGAAAAAAAGGAUAUGAAAAGAACAUGAAAGAAAGAAAUCGUCAUUAAACACUACGAAGUUCUGUCUUUCCCUCUCUUCCUCCAUCUCGCACCUCUCUCAAUUUAAUCUUAAAUCCACUCCAAUUUCCCCCGAGGGACUCAAUUCUCUCUUUUCCUAGAGAGACAGAAGGAGAGGGACCAUUCCUCCUGGUGGACUGACACCAGGAACUUCCUCUUUUCUCUCUGCUCUUCACCCUCGCCCCACCCCAUCCCACCCCUCAUCACCCUCCACCAUGACACUGCUGGCUUCCGAGAGAUCGCUUCUCAUCCGGAACAAGUUCCGCUCAGUCCUGCAGCUGAGGAUUCAGAACCGAAGGCAGAGCGAAAUCAAUGCAGAUCUGGGGUUGAAAUCUACCUGUCCCACUCAAAAAUCAGAGAAAGACCAGAGUGAAGCUCUGCGUCUUACUGAUGAUGGUGCCACACAGAAGUUGCCCCCUAGUGGUCUGAACACUGAAACUGCAAAAGAGAGGAGUGUGUGUGGGGCCCAGAGGCAGAAGAAGGCUCGCCAGGCUCAGGACCUCAGUGAGAGGAUCCAGCGUCCGUCUGGACCUGCAGAGCAACAGCACGAACACACACUGCCCCUGGAGAACCGUUCUGCCUGCUUCCCUCUGUCCUCUGAUGUCUUCGAAGAUGACAUCUCCUCCUGCUCCUCCUCCUCACCCACUGAGCAAAAUGGCAUUCACCAAUCAUCAGGCUUUCCUUCAUUACCAGGCCUCUCAGGUGACCAAUUACUGAGUGACUUCUCAGCUGUGGGCCCUGCGCUAAACCACAGCCCCAGUCCUGCUCAGUCUGGUUUGGCGUUGCUCCCGGCAACCGAGGGCAUCAGACAACCUAUGAGUGUAACACUGGGUGAAUCAAACUCCAUGGCAACGACUGGAAGACCAAAUGGGAUGUAUCUGACCUCUCAGACCACACCCCUGCUGCCAAAGACAGCUCGGCCUCCCAGCCCGACCUGCUCCACCUCCCUGCCGCCCUCCCUGAACUUCAACCACCUUCCCCGCCCACGGAAACCGCGGGACACCAAACCCAAAAUGAGGAAACUCAAAUAUCACCAGUACAUUCCUCCAGACCAGAGAGGAGGGUCUGGGACUGGAGGGGGAGGAGCCAAACAGAAGAGCCCUACCCCUACCCAGUCUAUAGAUCCAGCCUAUUCCCAUCUAUUGAAACAGCAGCAGGUCUUCCUGCAGCUACAAAUUCUCCAGAACCAGCAGCAGCAACAACAGCAGCAACUCCAACCACAGCAGCUCGCUGUUGUACCCAGUGGAGACCCCAGUGAUCUUGUGAAGUCCUCUGGAGCCAUGCCCCUGAACCCUCAACCUGUCCCUGCCACAACAAAUCACACCCCUGUGGACACAAAGCCCGCGGCCAAGCCUGAGCUUCUUCCUGCAAAUCUGGUCGAUCUAACAGUGUCAGAGUUGCGACAGCAGCUGCGUAAGCGUGGCCUCCCUGUGUCCGGCACCAAACCUGCCCUGCUGCAGCGACUCCGGCCCUUCCAGCUCCCCCACAGUUGUGUCACUCCUGCUCCGCUCUGCCAGUUGGGUACCAGCUUGGAGACCCUCACCCCCUGCACCCUACUGCCAUCAAGCCAGAGCCCCAGCUCAGCCUCCAGCUCUGGACCAGACUCACCCAGCAGCCCGAACAAACAGAUUUACAUACAGGACCGGGGAAUUCCUAAUGGGAUUCUCAGCGACGCCCCGAAUGGGAUCUUGAAUGCUGUCCCAAAUGGUUUCACAAAUGCUGCGUCAGUCAGUUUGGCAGGUGAACAGUGUGCUCUUACCAACGCUGUCUUCCUGGCUCCUGCCAGCACUGCCUCAGGAACUCCAAGUCCAAGUCUACCCAUGUCGUCCUCCUCGCCCCUGCAGUGUGGGACUCCCUGGAGGACUGAGUGCGAGCAGCAUCAGCAGCAGCAACAGCAGCAGGAGUUGAGUGUGGAGUUGGAGAUGAGGGAGAGGAUAAGGAGCAGGCCCAGAGACCGCUCAACUAACCCCGCUGAGUCAUGUGGAGGAUCCCUCCAUCCCUUCCUGCAACAGGAUCCAGGAUGCUCCAGAGGGAAGCCAGAAACAGAUGCACAGACAGAAGUGUUGUUUACACAGGUGUUCUGCUGCCAACCAUGUGAGGUGAUCGGCCAGGAUUUUGAGCUGCCAGUGCAGAUUACAGCGAGUCCUGUGCAGGCUUCACCUGGUGUUCGCAGCUUGGAAGAAGAGCUGCAGGAGGCUAUCCAAAAAGCACAGAUGGACCCCCGGCAGUCAAUAGAUGACAUUCUGGAUGAGUCAAUUACUUGUGCUGACUCUGUCAAUGUCUCUGAUCGUAAAUCCCUGGCUCACUCAGCCCCCAGCCCUUCUUCAUUUCCUCAAGCUGAUCAGUCCCAUGCCCCCCAGCAACACACCAAAGAUGACAGCUUCCUACCCUCACCUCUUUGCUCCUCUCUCCUGCUGGAACUCCCUCCAUCUCCUGCUGUAAUAACUCCCAGUCAGGUGAUCCCAGCUCCCCCACCACCACCCAUUUGUACCUCCCCUCUGUCAUCCAUUGGGAAGUCACGGAAACGACGGGCUCCAACACAGUUUGACGCCGCUGACUGGCUUGAAACACUGACCUCUGGCCUCCGCCCUCUCACCCCACCGACAGCACCCUUUGUUGAAACAGACUUCAGUCUGGAUUCAGAUCUGAAUGUCAGCCGCGUGUUGGAUCUAAUGGAUUUAAUCUAAAGAGCAGAGGUGAGGACGUAUGUUUUAAAACUCCUUUGUAUGUACAGUGGAUGAAUGUGAGCAUUGUAUUUUUGGAUGGUUAUGAAUGGAGCAAACUGUAUGCACCCUGAUGAGGGCCCAAAGCUGUGAUUAGAUGCCUCCAUCAAUCCAGCAGUGAUCGAUUGUCAGUUUCUGGCUCUACGCAAUGUCGAGAGCUGGAGACCUUGCAACAAUCUGAUCAAACAUAGCUUUGAUGGGGCAAUGUGAACACAAACACUUGCACACACACUUUCACAUACGUAGACAUUGCACUGCACUGUUUAAAAGCACUUGGGCUCAGCCAGAAAUGGCAAACAAGCAACACAUCUGUGGAUUGACACACUCCACAGCACAAUGUUUGCAGUGCAAAACAAAAGAAAACCUGGUGGCAUAUUAAUUUAAACAUGCUUCUUGGCAGCGCCGGGAGAAUGUUGUUCCUGACUUAUCUCUGAAACCCAUUGGUGGAUUGGGUUGAGUGUGGCCCCUGGUGUUGACUCAGUCAUUGAGUCCUAGCCAUUCAUAAAACCCAUUUAGAGUGUGUAUAAGCCAGACAGAGCACACAGCUUGUGUGUGGCUCCAGACCUUAACCCCAGUGCCAGACACACAGUCGGCAUGUAGAGGGUGAGAGCUGGCAGAAGCUACACAUAAGAAGUGUGUGCACGUGUAUGCAAGUGUACGUGCCAGCCUUUGUGUGUGUGUUGAGUAUUGUCUGACUGCUUGUGUCUGUGCACACAAGGCUCUUUUGUUUGUAUGUGUCAACACAAAAAUGCUUCCAUGUAUAUUUAUCAGCAUUAUGCCAAAUCUAUUUGUAGUUGUUUGCUUACAAUUAAGUAUGUCUGUUUCAGUGUGGUAUGACUGAUGUGUGGGGAGAUGUGUGUGGAAGACACAGAGAACUGUCAAAUUCUAUGGAUGUCCAUUUCUGUGUCCACAUUUCAGACCAGGCAUUUCAUUGUCGAUUCACUGCCAGUGGGCAGUAACUCCAGUGUACAGUAGUUAUCCAGUGUAAUCAUCGGAACGACCAUAUUAUCUCGUUCAAGUUACUGUUCUCCAGAAGAGCAAUCAGGCAACCACCCCAAAAAUAGUCCCCAUACAAAUGCACCAAUCAGACAAGUGAGAGUUACCUCAUCACUUUGCAAAAACAGGUGGUCAUUUUGUUCCCUGAUUAACCCCCAACAGCGUCUGGCUCACAGCUCGUGCUUACCCUGCUACUAGCAAAGCCAGAUUUAGCACAAUUUAUAACCCAACACCAAGACCACACCUGUUCCCUUAUUGUAAAUUAAUUCUACCCAUGGAUCAUUGGACACUGUUAAACGUUUGCUGUACAUUUCAAUGUGGGGAAAAAUGCACUGUAGAAUUAGAACAAAUUUAGAUAUAUAUAUAUUAAUUUGAUCUAAUUCUAGAACAUUGUUAGCGACACAUUGUCAGUCUUGGCUGAUCCUGAAACUAUUAUUGCUUUACAUUUUUUAAUGGUGAAAAUGAUCACAUUUUCAUAUUUUAAAUAAUGUCAUGGCCAUGUCAUAAUGGUUAUUGUAUAUUAUGUGUUUGAAUAUGACACUUCAUUUAUUGAGGUUUGUUCAAUCUUCAGUGUUCUGUCUAUAUUUCAAACUCUUCUUUACAUAAUAACUUUAAUUUUAAAAAAUCUCAGAGGUUAUCUGCAACAAGCCUCUGCUGUACCAGACAAGAAUGCAAGAUUUUAUCUGCCUUCAAUUGAAUUCUACUUUCAAUUUGUAGUGUUUUUUUAGAGCUCCGAUUAGUUCAGUUACAUGCGGAUAAAACUUUUCUUUUUCUGAAUCCAAAUGUAUUGUGUCAAGUGCAAUAUGAUCUCUAUGAUAUAUCUAUGUGAUGCAGUGACUUGCAGAUUAAGUUGUAUGAUGUUCAUGUCAUGUUGUUUGUAUGCAAACAUUUCCUUGCUGCUUCCAGUUUCUUGUUCAGAAGAUACACUGGUGUCUGACUUAGCAGGACAGCUAUGGUGAAUUGUAGAUAAGUGACAUCUGCACAUAUGCAAACCUUCAACACAAUAUUGUAGCUUUGUGUUGAAGCAAUCCAGCUUUCACUACAGUAACAUAAAAAUGCAGCUGAAUGUGAAUGGAUCGCUAUGAUAAUCAUAGCGAUCAAUAGACAUUGCCUGGUGCAUGAAAAAAAAAAAAAAAAAGGAGAAAAGAUAAAAUAGGCAGGAGAGUAAGAUGCUACCUCCUGUGACUUCCAAUGCUUUUUUUGGCCUAUGCUGGUGUUUUCCUUGUUUCCUGUGUAAUUUCCAAACACUGGGGCAGCGUUUCCAGUUUCAGAGCCUGAAGCGCCCCUGAGACAUUUUCCCAUGUUUGACUAAACCCAGGUUAAAUAUUUCCAUUUUUAACUGGAUUUGAGGCUGUUUAGACAGACAUCAACAGGAAAACUGGGGCGUCAAAGGCAACUGAGGCUCUCUAGGCCAAUUCUGCUGCUAUAAAUGCUCUAUUGUGAAAUAAAAUGUGUUUGCUUUUAUUUAUUAUGUAACUUAUUUGUGCCAAAGAUAUCAUCCCCUGUCCAAAACAUAUUU